UCCAGACACGCCCACCGCUCCAGACACGCCCACCUCUCCAGUGGGGAAAGGGAGUCCGAGAAGCUCAUAUGUUUUCUCAGCAAUCAGGAAAUUUGAGAACACAGAGUCACCAGACAGCUCACCAGUAAAGACUUCCCAUAGCUCCCAAAUGGUCAAAAGGGAAAUGUUCCCUGAGAAUGCUGCGUCUGGAUGGAAAACACCACUGACUCCAGCUAAAACACAGCCAGUUCCUCAUGCUACUUCUGCAAAACCCUCUGGAAUUGCACCUACAACAUUUGCAAAACAGCCCACAACAAAGACAUCUAUAACACAAAAACCUGUGGUUAAAACACCUGCAGCACAAACGCCUGCUGUUAAGGAACUUGCAGAAACAGCCAGACCUACAUUACCUCAAGUAAAAACACCAGCAGAAAGGGUACCUGUAGCAGAAACACCUGCAGCUAAAACACCUCAAGUAAAAACACCAGCAGAAAAGGUACCUCUAGCAGAAACACCUGCAGCUAAAACACCUCAAGUAAAAACACCAGCAGAAAAGGUACCUCUAGCAGAAACACCUGCAGCUAAAACACCUCAAGUAAAAACACAAGCAGAAAAGGUACCUGUAGCAGAAACAGCUGCAGCUAAAACACCUGAAGUAAAAACACCAGCAGAAAAGGUACCUGUAGCAGAGACACCUGCAGCUAAAACACCUGAAGUAAAAACACCAGCAGAAAAGGUACCUGUAGCAGAAACACCUGCAGUUAAAACACAUCAAGUAAAAACACCAGCAGAAAAGGUACCUGUAGCAGAAACACCUGCAGUUAAAACACCUCAAGUAAAAACACCAGCAGAAAAGGUACCUGUAGCAGAAACACCUGCAGUUAAAACAGCUGUACCAAAGAUACCUGUAACAGAAACACCAGCUGUUCCUGAACCUGAAGUAAAAACACCUGCACCACCUGCGGUAAAUUUAUUACCUGAAACCUCAGAACCCCGAGCAGCACCUCAGAUUGUUCUAGAACCUGCAGCUUCAAGGACAACCAGCAGCAAACCUCAGCUAAUCGGUGCCAGUAACCCGCUGUGUUCGUUCUGCAUGAAGCCUGUGGAUGGCCGUGUGAAGAUAACCAUCACCGAUCCGCUCAUCUGCUGCCACCAAGACUGCUUCAAGUGUGCUACAUGUUCUGUGCCGCUGGGUGAUCUGGUCUUCGCGAUGUUUCACCAUAAAGGAAAGAUUCACUGUGAGAAGUGCUUCAGUGCCAUCUUCUCCCACAGCUAACUCAUCACCAUGGCAACCCCCUGCUACAUGUCACAGCCUAUAACUCAUUGUUCAUCUCAUAAUGUUGUUAAAGCAACUCAAGAUGCCAUUUAAUUACGAUAAAGAGUUUCAUGACUACUGUGUGUAAUCUGUCAUUUAUUAUACUGUGUGUAAUCUGACAUCAACUAAUGCAUUAGCUGCCCUGGAGAAAAUCCCUUUACCUGCAUUAAAUAUUUAUAACAAUGUAUGUUUAUUUAAUGAAUGAUCAUGGGCUUGUGGGUUAAGGGUCAGAGGAAAACACUACUUAUUCCUGUGGGGGCUUAUUUUAAAAAAUAAGUUUUCUGACCAGGAAUAUGUGUGUGUGUGUGUGUGUCUGUGUG